AUGGAUGUCUUAACAGAUGAUACAGUCACUAUACUGACAGAAACUGGGGACAUCAAGAGCAGCGUUCCUGUUCUCGAUACAGCGUCGCUUCUCACCAACAUCACUAAUUCCUUCAAGGAGAGGAAAGGUAGCGUCCGUGUGGUGGUGGUUCCGGGUUCAAACGCUUCCGAUGAAUUGGUCGUCGAUUUCAAAGUCGAUCCUGUCACGCAAUUGGAAAUCCCGCAAACUCCUGAAGUUGAUCAAGAUCAACAAGAUGACAUUAUCGUUGAUGUUUACAGAUUCAGCCAUUUUCCGUAA